AUGGACAACAACAUCAAGGUCGACGAGGACGACCCGAUGGCCCUCUUUGCGGCCAUCGCCGCCGAGGCCGAUGCCAUCGAGGUAGACGAGCUGCCCGAGGAGGAGCGACCGAGGUGGACGGACGCCUCGCAGUGCCUCUACCGCCCGCCCGACACCAAGAAGGCCAAGAAAAGGCCCACGCUGCAAGAGGCUGUUCGAGCCGUUCGGCUGCAGCUCGACAAGGACGGCCAGCAGGCGCUCAUCGCCAAGCUCGACGACCCGGAGGCCAGUGACGAAAUCGACAAGUGGAUGGCCGGCUUUGAAGAUGUCCGCUUCACGCACAACGUCGCGCCGUUCCUCCGAAAACGCGCCGCCGAACUCGCCCCCGACGUCGAGCAGCACAGCAUAUGGCACGAUCUGAGCGGCUGCAUCUGGAACAUGGCCAAGUUCAUCAUCGCCGAGCAGGUCAACUUUUCCGACGAAGACUGCGGCCUGGUCGCCCGCGAGCUGGCCGCCCAUCGAUUCGCCGCCGCCCGUCGGCAAAACGAUCGCUUCGCCCAGCGGUAUUUGGCCAGCGCUCCCCGCAUCGAACUGCCCGCCGACGAUGAUGGCGCGGAAGAUGAGGAACAAGUUCUAGCAGUUCAAUGGAUCACCGACUGCACGCACCGGAUGCGCAUCCAGGAUCUGAGCGCCGAGCUGGGCUGCACCGUGGAACAGGCCGAAGAAUGGAUGAGCAGAAGUCAGGGAACAUGCUCGGGGAGGUCGAGCCCGCUAAGGACCGAGGAGGAUGAUUACGACCCGUCGGCCCUCGUUGGCUAUUCGGAUGAGGAGGAUGAGGCGGAGGAGCACGAGGAUGGCCUCGAUGUACACGGAUAUCCCGGCCGUACCGCCUUCGGCGUCGCCAAGCAGGUCACCCCCGCCAAAUCGCCCGAACCUGCUGCCGUCGUCGCCGUGGUCGAGCAGCAGCCGUCCAGCUCCCCGGCGGCCGUCACCGUCACCAAGGAGGUCACGCUAGAGAAAUCGCCCCGUCCUGACCCUGCUGCCAUCGUCGUGGCCGCGGAGCAGCAGCACCCGCCCUCCGCCUCGCCCAUCAUCGCCGUCAAGUCCGAGCCGGUCGACGUCGAUACCACGCCGGUCCCUGUUGCCUUGGCCGCCUCAUCUACCAUCAUCACCGUCAAGGCCGAGCCGGUCGAGCAGUUCGAGGCGCCGUCCCCUCCCGGCCCGCCCAUCGACAUCAAGCCGGACAUCAAGCACGAGAUUGGAGAGGGCAGAAAGAAGAAGAAGAUGGAGAAGCAGCCGAAACAGCCGAAACGCGUCAAAGAAGCGGCCGCUGCGCUGCGCGCCGGACCCUCGUGGAACCCGCGCCGACGCCCCCCGCGCCGCACGCCCCUCAAUGGAUACUUGACGGCUGAUCACUUCUCGCGGCGCGGCCGGGCCUCCCCCGAAAUCCGGCAACUCCUGCACGCGGAGCGCGACAAGUGGCGCGUCACCUUCGGCGACGACGAGCGCUAUCGGGUCAAGCUGUACACCCCUCGAUUCGGCUUCGACAGCGGCAGUCUCGUCUAUGGGGAUGAUCGGGAUCAGCUAUCACUACUCCAAGAUACCGGCCACACCUACUACGCCAGGAUUUUCGGCAUCCAAAUGAGAGAAAUGUUCGGCGACAUGCGCCGGAAGGGCGGCGACAAGGACCGGAAGGCCAUUGGCGACGCGCAUGGAGGACCCUCGGUGCCCGAAAGAAAAGUCUACAAAUUUGCGGGCGACUCGAAGACCCUGAUGAGGGUCCCGGUCAGCUACGCCUCGGCCGCCCACAUCUCCAGGGCUCAACCCACGCAACCAUGGCACCCAGCCGCCCUGGCGGAGGAGUUCGCGACGGAGGCGUGGUCGUUCGAACGGCUCGACAAGGUUGACGCCGGCCACGUCACCGAUGAGGAGCAGCGCAAGAUCCUGGUUGAUGGUUGGCGUGGCACGAGAAGAUGUAACAUCCGCCGUACGGCCAUCAUCACGGAUCAUCAGACCCUUCAUUUCUGGAAUGAUGACACGCUUGCCACCGUCGUCAACACGGUCAGGGGACCCGGCGAUUUUCAGCUCCUCCUGGACGGCUACCGCAAGGCCAACGCCAAAUACCACCCUCACGUUCCGUCGGCCGUCGUCUUUGUCUUCAACCCAGCGACGGUGUUCGACCUGGACGGCUACAAUUGGGAGGCGAAUAAACGGCCAUCCGAGAAGAGACAGGAACCAUUUGAGGAGCUCACAAAAAUGUGCCUAGCCCUCCGCAGCGAACUGCUCGAGCAGCUCGACCGAGCCGAGCGGGAGGGCCAUCGAAUGCGCGUGCAGAGGGACCAGUUGCGCUUCUUCUUCACCACUAUUCCCGAGGCUCGCCACGCCGUCCGCGUCUUCGAGGUGUUCAACGACAAACUCCGCGACUGGGCCCAUCGGAACAGCAGGGAAUACCCGGAACUUCGCGUACUCGACUGGGCCAAAUAUGUCAAGGAGGAGGCGUAUCGGGCGAAUAAACAAGGCGACAAACGGAACAAGAAACAGCCCGCCAACAAUCCCUAUCCACACGGAAGCGUCGCCGCCUAUUAUUGGGCGUUCAAGGAGCUGUACCUGGAGAAGGUGGUCAAGCAGCCGCGACGCGAGCGCAACGCCCAGCUCGACGACGAC